UCUUCAGUUUCCAGUAUAUAAGUCCCUGUGAGGCACUGCUAGGCACCAGUUUCUUAUCUGCAGUCAUGAAUAAGGCAAUUCUUUUACUCUUGGGUCUGGCAGCACUUGUUGCUGCAGACAGCAGGGAAUCCUUCGAAUAUGCCCCACGAAGGGGAUCCUCCGAAGAAUCAUACGAAUCCAGCGAGGCCCAUUACAACUUCAACUGGGCCGUCGACCACGACCCUUCCAGCAACGAAUUCGGACACCAGGAAACCCGUGACGGAGACGACACUCAGGGAUCCUACUACGUCGAACUCCCCGACGGUCGUCUGCAGACUGUCAAGUAUUUCGUCGACGGAGACUCAGGCUACGUGGCUGAGGUCAACUACGCAGGAAGCGCCUCAGCCGAGUCAGGCUCCGCUGAGUCCUUCGAGAGGCCCAGAUACCGCUAUGACUCCAACGAGUCCAAGUAAAAUUCAUUGCACACCGACCUCCGGAACUGUGGCCUAAAACCUACCUGGAAUAUGUACAGUCUAUUUAUAUCUUAAUUUAUUAAUUAAAGAUGAAUUUCACGAACAUAAAUCA